GCGGUCACACAAGCAGAGCCUCACAGGAGCCUCACUCACACAAAAAAAGCACCCCAGACACACACAUAGAGACUCUGGCCUGGACAAAUCAUCAUUAGUGUCCCUCUGAGUGAGGCCUCCGUUUGCCAAACUUCUACUUCCUAAAAACAACAUGGAGCUCCACAGCGUGCACCAAACCUUCCACCACAGCCGCCUGGGCGAGGAGAAGCACCAGAUGCUGGACCUGAACCGACGCCUGGGGUCCUACCUGAGCCGGGUCAAACUCCUGGAGGAGGAGAACGCGGCGCUCGCAAAAGAGAUCCAAGCCCUGCGACGCAGCGGCCACGGAGCCUCGGCGCGUAGGCAGGGCCUGGAGGAAGAGCUGCGGUGGGUGAGGGAGGAGGUGGACGCAGCCUGGAGGGACAAGGUCCACACGGAGCUGGAGGUCCGCAGGGUGACCGAGGAGCUCCGAACCCUGGACAUGCUGAGGCGGAGGGAGGCUCAGGCUCAGGCGGAGGCCAAGAAGAAGAUGGAGCAAAGCAGGAAGGAGCUGGAGGAGGAGCAGAGGGCUCAGGUCUGGCUGAGUGAGAAGGUCAAUCAGCUGGAGAAGGAGAUGAGGCACCUUAUUCAAACCCAUCAGGAGGACGUCGCCCACUUGGAGGCCACCCAAUUGACCCAUUCCAGAGCCACAAUGCCACCCACAUUGGCUCAAAGGGGCAAGCAGGCACCAAACCUCCUAGAGGUAGAACAGGAGUACUCGCAGAGGGCCAGCAGGGCAUGGCAGGAGGCAGCAGAGGCCCAUCAGGGGCAGCUAGAGCGCCUGGAGGAGUCACUUAACCAGGCCAGGAGCCGUUUAGCCCAAGCGAAUCAGGAGAAGAGCGAGAGCCAGCUGAAGCUCCGAGCCCUGGAGAAGGAGAUGGCCUCAGCACAGGACGACAGGCUGCAUCUGGAGGAGACGGCAGCCCGGCAGGGAGACAGAUACAGCCAGGAGAUCCAGCAACUCCAGGAGCACUUGGAGGGCCUGGAGGCGGAGAAAGAGGAGCUGGGCCAGCGGAUUGAUCAUGUUGUUCUGGAGAACCGAGGCCUGCUGCAGCAGAAGAUGUCUCUGGGCCUGGAGGUGGCGGCGUACAGAGCUUUGCUGGACGGUGAAAGCCUUGGGGGAGAGAUCCCUUUGUUAAAUCAGCCAAGAACUAUCACAGAUGCAGUUUUCAGCCCUCGGGGGAUUCAAAAGAAUUACCAGACCCAGCUGUGCGCUAGCCACAAGACCACUUCCCUCUCAUCUGUCCGUGGCAUAACAGGAAGAGGGCCAACGGUGAUUACUGCAACACCAAUGUGGAGUAGAAAACCUGUAACCAUCACUGAAACUCCAAAGAUUUCCAUGAAACCUGCAUAUGAAUAUGCAACAAAGUCAGCAAUACGGAAACCCUCUUAUCCCAAAAUACUGCAGAAUGGAGCCGUUGAAAAUUUCAGACCACAAGAGGUUCAUGAGAAAGUCACCUAUGCUGAGCCUCUAUCUCCUCCCAAUGAGCAGGAGGUUGGAACAACAUCAGGGGACAAAGAAAAUGAAGAGAACCGGAACAAUGUUGGUGUGGAAGCUCCCGAGGAAAGAUGCAUCAUAGAGGCAGUUGUCAGUUGUCAGGUUGAGUCUGGCCUCAGCAAUGAGCCAUCCUUGAAUGAUGAAGUCAGUCAGCAUCAGUUGACCACACCCAACCUUUUACCAUACCAUGUCCGAAUGAGAGAGGAGACCUGUGGUUUCUCGGAUGAAUCGGAUAACGAUGUGCCUUUUGAAAUACCUGCUGAAAAAGAAGAGCAGCACGCUCCAAUUGAUGCAUGGGUAGAGAAAGAGUGGAGAGGCAAAGCAGUAGAGCAUGUGCAAGAGGAAACGUCAGUCGCUGAAAGUGAGGCGGUAAUUGAACCAAACUUUGAAUCAAGGACGAGUAGUCCAGCGUCUGAAUGUGAGCCUGAAGAAAGCUUGUUCAACAAAGUGGCAGACUUCAACCGAGAUGAAAACAUCUUGAAGGAGGAUGCAGUCGAGAUGAGGCAAGAAAUAAGAAGUUCUAUAGUAGGAACAAAUGAGACGGAUGUUGAAGAGAAGUUGUACCCGGAUGGAGAAGAGAUGGAUACGUGGGAUAGUGUAAUAGAAAGGAGGGUUGAUGGAAAGACAGAUGAAGGCAUAGAAAAGGAUAAAGAAAAACGACACGCUGAACCAGAGGAAGACAUAUCAGCAAGAGAACAAGAGCAUGACAAGAAAGAAACUAGGCAGGAUUUGGUCGCUGAUGUAGAGCAAAACCAUAAUGUGGCCUCUUCAAUGAUGGACACACAAGAAGAUGAUGAUGGACAGCAAGCUGUGCAAGACCAUGAGCAUGCACCGUUUCCUGACAACGGAGAAGACGAUGAAGAGGAAGAUUCUCAAAAUGUUUCCGUGUCAUGGAGAACCGAGCUGGAGAGCGAAAGCUACGCUCAGGAUAACACUCUUGCCGACCCUCGUCCUCUGAUUCGAUACAAGAGUGACGAGACGGACGCCAACACGCAGGCGUCGCACAUGGAUGAGAGCGAGUCUAGCGAAGGGGAGCAGGAAAAGAAGACCGGAGAGACGGGAAUGUGGAGCGAAGGCAAGUCAACGAGAUUUGGAACUAUGGAGGAUCUGUGUGAAGAAGUUGAAGCGGAGGCAUUGGAUGAGGAAUAUAAUCUGGGAUAUACUCACAUUGAAGACAGUGAUGUUGUCCAAGAAAUGAUCAGAAACGUCAGCGAUGGACAUUCGGAUGAAGAAACUGAAGAACUCUCAAAACCCAUGGUACCCACUAAUGUGUACUAUGAUGAGUUGGAGACAGACAGACUUGUGGAACAAGAAUUAGAAAACCUAGCCACGGACAUCUACAGCGCUCACUUUGCACAGCAGCAGGUCAAAGAGAGUGAGGAGAUGCUACGUACGUCUCUGAAGGAAAUGAACGAGCAAGAAGAGGCUGGAAUGUCUUCCUGCGAAGAGCCUGAAGUUGGAGUAAACCACCAACUUGCAUCUUCAACUACAACUAUAGAUCAACCUUUCGGGAACCAAUAUUUCAGCGAUUUGUCAAUGGUAAUACCUCAAGCAGACACUCCGGCAGAUGAUGAGGUUCAGCAUAAAGAUCAAGAAGCUAAGGAUGCUCAAGAGAAAAGAGAGGAAGAGGAUGAACACAAUGUGUCCAUGGUGACACACGCUGAUGUAACAGAAGAUCUCUCUGGCUUUACGGACUUCACCAGCAGGCCUGACAUGGAGGAAACCAACGACUCAGAGGAUCCGAACUCUGUGUUGCAGGUAAUAGCAGAUGAGGAAAACCUGAAGGAUGUGGCGCCCACCGCUGAGGUGAAAGAGGUUGCACCUGAGGAAGCAACCAGUGAAUCUCAAGAACAUCUUAUUGAGGAUGUUGCGGACUGUCGAGAACUUCAAGAAGUUUCACAAACCGCUGAAUGGGAAGUCCUGGAGAACCCAAGUGAGGACUUUGGAGAAAUCAGAGAUCAGAAUGUAGAAUGUGAUAAUGUUCCUAAAUCAGUUGAAAUUUAUUUCCACGAUGACGGAGGCUGCGAUGAGGGAAUUAUGACAGGUAAAGAGGAGCCCCUCGAGAUUUCCCCUGACAGUGUACCUGAUGAAAACGAUAUCUUUGUGGCGAAGGACUCAACAGAAAAAUUGAAUGAGAAUGGCAAAGACAACGGCCUCCAUGGUUUCUUCAGCUCUGGCUUAAAGGAUGACUUCUGGGCAUCCUCCUUGGAGACAGGUGCCACCUAUCAACCAAAUGAUGCCUGUAAUGACGCAGCUGAGCAAACCAAUCAGAAUCUAGGGUUUGCUGACAAUUCGGUUUGGGGGGAUUCGGAAAAUGUGGUUAACUGGAACUCCAGGGUGGAUACUGACUCAUCGAAAGUCCUGCCCGCAAAGAAAGAGCACGAGCAGAUGCAGCAGAUGCAUUCGGAGGUGAAGCAGGUGUUUUGUAGAAAUGUUGAGGGGGAGUUAGUCCAUUCGGACGAGUCUGACGUUGAGGGUGAAUCCUGGUCAUCUGGGGAGGAACCGGAAUAAAAAGUAGUGGGUCAAAGGGAGUUAAAGUAUUAGAUCUAAUCGGUGGUAGUCAGAGAAAAAUGAUGUUUGCUGCAUUUACUAUAAAAACCAAAGUCGUGCCUUGGUGCGGACCUCUGUGACGCAAACCACCAAUGUGCCAAAUCUAUCUCUAAAGAUACCAAGCACUAGUCUUGUUUCCAGGGGCGGAGAACGUGGUUGUGGCUUCUCUCUGUCUUUGUUUUCUCGAAAGCGCCAAAUCUUAUAGGUUUUUAAAAUAACUUCAACUUUGUGUCAUUUCCCCUCAGUCUCUCUGACUGGAUCAACAAAUCAAUGGAGCAAAAGUUCUGUUACUGGAGAAAUAUCACCAUUCUUUCUGAAAAUAGGUUUCAAUGUUAGUAAUGCCGUCUACCUACCUAUGUUAUGUAAAUAUUUGCCUCUUUUUAAUUGGCAGGAGUAAAAAUGUGUCAUCCUUCACAUUUGUUGUGUUCUGGUGUCAGAAUGAUGAAGACAAAAUAGGAUUUAGACUCUACAGGAGUCCCUGCAUUCAUUUCCUUGGCAACUUUUCCUUGGCAACUUGUUUUUCCCAAAUUAUGUACUAAGUUUUUGGCAUUCUAUUACCAGAUGGCUUGAAAAACAGUGCAUAUAGCUGCAGUAAAUGGAACGUGCACCCAGUUUGGACUGAGCCCUGAAGGUUUACAACCUCUGGCUUCGCCCAUGCUAGUUUCUGACAUAUUUAACUAACAGUUUUUUCUUCUAUCCUAGUCGUUAUAACUCACUCUUUCAGUCUUUGUGUGCAUGUUAUGGAAGAAGGUGUAUGCAUGAGGGAACAGCAUGAAGACCGAACGAAGAAUGUCCUUUGAAAGUGAGAGAGUUUAUUGAUUGCUGUCUAAUCUGAUUUUACCGACUGAUUGAAAUCAAUGAGAACGGAAGGGUAGGAUUCCUUGUAGAGCUGCUAUUCCACAGUGUAUCAGACAGACAGCUGCUGUAGUUUUUCUGCUGGUGAGUGGUCUUAUUUUACUGGACAACAAUUGACUUAUCUCUGCAUGUUUUACACGUGUAGAAUGAAUGGCUUGGUUGUUUCUCUAAGAGAUGACACAAACCGGGUUUGAUAAGCAAACUGUUAGGGUUGUAUUUGGUUGGUCUGUAUUCUUGUUUCCAUCUAUAAAGUUUUACAGUCCAAAAUAAACAGUAGAUUCAUGA